UCAAGGCAUUAUAUUUACAUUUUAAAGAAAGUUAUUGCAAUGAGUGGUGUCCAAGGAACUUUGUGUAAGCUUUGUCUUAAAACUAUAACCGAUAAACGUUUUGAAAUAAUAGACAACGCUAUUAGAGACAUUCUACAUGUUCUGUUGCUGAAAUUGGAAUUUGAUAGCGAUAGCAAAAAGGUUAUAUGUAAUGUUUGCAGAACAAAGUUAAAUACGGCUUUAGAAUUUAAGACAAUGUGUCUGAAUACCGAUAGCACAGUUAUUCCAUAUGUGGAUAGCAAAACAGUGUUACAGCUAGACUUAAGAGAUGUGUACAUGCAGGAAAAGAAAAGCGAGUUAGUUUGCAGUCAGAAAAUAUGUCGAUUGUGUAUGCAGCCAGUAGAAAGUGAGUUUAAGUGCAUACGUGAAGAGGAACUUGAAGCUAUUGAGAAAUUGGCCCCUGAAAUGAUUAUAAACAUCGUCAAAGAUCCCAUUGUAUGUAAACCGUGCUUUAAUUCUCUGUGCACUCAUAACGGUUUCCUAAAAGAUUGCUUAGAGGGUGAAGAAAAAAUUAAAAGUAGUUUUGAUAGUGCAGCCACAGAAAGUCAAAUAGAUACGACUCCACGCGAUUUAUUUGCUAAGACCGAAAACCUGGUCAAAGAAUUCGAUAUUAAUGAGAUGGAAAUGUCAAUCAAAACUGAAUGUGUUGACAUAAAAUCGGAGGAUGAGGAAAGGAGGGAUUUACCACUGCAGACCUCCAAUAUUGAACCAUUCGAGGAGAGUGACUGUAAAGAUGCAAAAUGUCAAGUGAAACACAAAGCAGAAUUCUACAAGUGCAAGUUUUGUGAUUUUGAAACAAAGCAGAGGACCAUCUUUAAUAGUCAUUGUAUAAAACACAUAGACACAGACAAAUGUGAAGAGGUUGAUUAUAAAACCAUGUACAAAGCAGUGAUGCAUGAGGAUGCUACGCAGUUGCCGAUUUAUAAAUUCAAAGUUUUCGACUACAAAUCAAAGAAAAAUAUACUUCUUAUCUGUCGCCAGUUAACACAUAAGGAUCCCUCACAGGUUAAAAUGUACAGGUGUAACGACUGUGAUUAUGAAACUAAGUACAAGUGUGCCUUCAAACUGCACCGACUUAAGCAUAAAGAUCCUUUGCAAGUUCACAUGUAUAAGUGUAACGACUGCAAUUUCGAAACUAUGUACAAGCAAAAUGUCACACAGCACCAAUUGAUACAUAAAGAUCAUUUGCAGGUCAAAAUGUACAAGUGUAACGAUUGCGAUUUUGAAACUAAGUACAAGCAAAGUAUCACCCAGCACCAAUUGAUACAUAAAGAUCAUUUGCAGGUCAAAAUGUACAAGUGUAACGAUUGCGAUUUUGAAACUAAGUACAAGCAAAGUAUCACCCAGCACCAAUUGAUACAUAAAGAUCAUUUGCAGGUCAAAAUGUACAAGUGUAACGAUUGCGAUUUUGAAACUAAACACAAGUAUAAUAUGAAAGGACAUCAACUGAAACAUAAAGAUACUUCUCAGGUACAAAUGUACAAGUGUAACAACUGCAAUUUCGAAAGUAAAUACAAGAAAGCUACCAUAAGGCACCAACUGAAACAUAAAGAUCUUUUGCAAGUUCAAAAGUACAGGUGUAACGAUUGUAAUUAUGGAACCAAAUACAAGAGUAAUAUCGAAUCGCACCAACUGACACAUAAAGAUCCUUCCCAAGCUAAAAUAUACAGGUGUAACGACUGCGUUUACGAAACUAUAAACAGGAGUUAUAUCAGGAAGCACCAACUGAAACACAGAGAUCCUUCACAGAUUAAAAUGUACAGGUGUAACGAAUGUGAUUACAAAAGUAUAUACAAACUUUGUCUGACACAGCAUCAACUGAAACAUAAAGAUCCUUCACAGAUUAAAAUGUACAGGUGCAACGAAUGCGAUUACGAAAGUAAAUACAAAAACAAUAUCAGUCGUCACAUGCUGAAGCAUAGAAAACGUUCUUAAAUGCAACCGUACCGGUGUUAGAUUCACUCUGCAUUCUACUUAUAUUUGAUAAUUUUCAUUUAAUUCUUAUUAGUUUGUGUAGAUAUAGGGUCACUGUUGCAAGAGAUGACAAGGAACAGUGUUGUUAACAUUGCUGCCUUGUCUAAGUGACGUUUUUCUCUACUCUAUUUGUUAGUGUCCUAGGAAUAAGUUUUAAACUCUAUUAUGCAACAUUA